AUCGCAUAAUAACACACAACAAGCGAAAAAGCAACAGCUAAACAUUCACAACUAAUCCACGGCCCUUUGUAAGUCCCUGGAUGAUUGAUUGUGAUCACUGCAAAGUGCGGAACUGUUUUCAAAUCAUCUCCAGCUCUCUGUGCUUUCCGCAAUAAGGCGUAACCAUCGUCGUCAAAGAGUUUAAUAGUGAUAUCCCCAUUCCUGGCAUUCUUCACUUCUUCAGUCCAACUUAUCUGGUAUUUGUUUGGUCCCGUCAUUCCAACCGGUUGAAUUGUAUCACCCAGUAAAGAAUACAAAUUUGUAAGUGAUCCCGACCCACAUUUUACAUUAAAUUCCGAAAUGUAAGCAAUGUGAGUGAGGAUUGUUGCGUCUUGAGUUGUGUAACUCGUCGACUUAAUUUCCGGAUUUUCACACGAACUGAACGCGCCGCUUAUAAGAAACACUUGGAACACAAAAAACAGCGGGAUUUUAUUCAUUUUUCCCGUUAUUUGAACAAAUUAUGAUCACCGGUAGUUUACAAAUUUGUGGUUAGGUUUAAAAUGUCAUUAAGUAACCUCAAAAAAUUUUAACACGUUUUUUUGGUUUUCGGUUCUGCAAGGAUUAUUCAGUAUCGAAAUGCCGAAAGCUGCAGUUAUAUCACAGUGUAAGCACCCAAACAGCAGAAAGACCAAUGCCCUUGUGAAACAAAUCAAAAAGACCAAGGCCCGUGAAAAAAUCAAGCAAAACAGUAAUAUAAAGUUAAAUUUGUUGGGAGAGAAAAUUUUAUGGUUCAGAGACAACUUGGAGCCAGAUUGUAGUUCAUACAGCCCUAAAAAAGCCUUGGGAUUAGUCGAAAAAUAUUUGUCAAGGUUUGAUGAAGAGCUGGAACAAAUAAAACUGAAACACUCAAUUGGGAAUAGGAAAAAUCGUCAACAUGCAAGUAGAGAAGAUAUUAUUAAAUUGACUAUGAAAACAGAAAAGGAAGAAUUCAAUACAUGUGGUUUGGAAAUUCCUGAUCUUUUGAACACACAACAAUAUCGUCUGUUGAAAGAAUGGAAUGGUGAAUUGAGAUUUCUACCAAAAUUUAAGCUAAAACGCUAUAAUCGCAAAGCUCUAGAGAAUGCAACCAAUAACAAGGAACCAAGACCUCCACAAUCACAAACAAGUUGUACGAACGAUACAAUGGAUACUACUUAAAUAAAUAAUUUUUUUAAUAAGA